AUGAAGCUUUUUAAUUACCUCGCUAUUUCCGCUUUCGCUCAAGAAGAUGACAUCUGCUACCGAAACGGGAAAGAAGUUGAUUGCUCUGUUGAGGAAGCCGAAGAUCUUGGAAUUUCUCCUCGAUUUAGCAGUAGCUCUGCCAAGUUCGCCAAUCAAAUCGUCACCGAUGACGAACGACGAUAUCAAGAUCUAAAAGCGAUUGCGAAAAAGCUCUGGAAAGAAAAUGGCGCGGAAGAAUUCGACGAGCGAAAGUACUGGGCUUAUGGCUGCCACUGCUUUUUGCUUGGAGAUCGACCAAUGUCCGAAAUGGGGAUAGGAGCGCCUAAGGAUCAGAUUGAUACGAAAUGCCGAGCCUACAAGCAGUGCAACAAGUGUGUGAGACAAGAGCAUGGCGAUCUUUGCAUCGGAGAAAGAGUCCAGUAUACUUGGAAAUACUCGAGAGCGACAUCUUCCUUCGAAUCAAUGAACCACGUCGGUUCCUGCGAGCGAGACCUGUUCGAAUGCGACCUUCAAUUCGUCAAAGACCUUUUCCUUGCAAAAGACGUCUUCGACGAAAGCUACCAUUUCUUCUGGGGAAGCCCGCCUUUUGACAAUCGACAGCCAGCCAAUUGCCCAAAGAAAGGAGGGAUUCCAGUCGAGCAUCAAUGCUGCGGAGGGGGAGAUAAAGCUUUCAAGUGGAUCGGGCUGAACAAAUUCCAAUGCUGCUCUGAUGGAGCCGUCAAGCCAAUUAAUUUUGACUGUUAG